AUGGUAGAAUAUCAAGAUUCAUCAUCAACACUUGAAAAACUUACUUUAUUAGUAUACAUUAUUGGUAUUGUUAUUGGACAUAUCUGUAUAUUUCUCACGUUUAUUGGACAUGCUGAUAGAAAACAUUGGUCAAAUAUAUUUAUAUUAGGUAUGGCAUUUAUUGAUUUGUUUAUCGGUGGUUUUGUUCUUCCUAUGCGUUUUAUAAAUGCUUACGGAAAUCCGUCAACACAAAAAUUAUGUACUGCAUUAAAAAUUGGUGAAUCAUGUGCUUUAGCAGCUGUUAUAUAUUCAAUUCUUUUUAUGAUAUAUACUCGUUUAUAUAGUUUAAAACAACCAUCACCAACGAUUCGUCGUCAUUAUCUUCUAUUAUUAUUAUUAAUAUCAUGGAUUAUUUUAUUUCUUUUUUAUGGUAUUCCAUUUAUGACAAAUUAUUCACAUUAUCUUUUAUCAAUAACAUCAAAUACAACAUCAUAUUGUACACCUUAUAUAACAUCAAUUUAUCAUCCACUAUGGAUGGCUUAUACAGAAAUAGGAAUUAUUUAUUCAUUACCAUUAAUAUUUAUUUUUAUAGGUUUAAUCUAUCUUCUACAAAAUUUAUGUCAUCUACGAUCAAGAAGAUUAAAAUUAGCUGAAAGAAGUAUAUAUGUUGAACAACGACAAAUGACAUGGCAUAUUUUUUUAUUAGGCAUAACAUUUAUUUUUCUUUAUCUUCCUUGGAUUUCAAUUCGUAUUCUUAUCAUUUUUCUUCAGUCAUCUGAAAUUCGACUUGCUUUACAAAUAACUUAUUAUAUACUUAUACUUAAAUCUUUAAUUUUUCCUUUAAUAUAUGCAUCAACAAAUGCAUCAUUUCGUUGUUCAUUCGCUAUUUAUAGACGUCAACGGAUAAUCAUGAAUAAUCGUGUAUGGACAAUUAAUGAACAAUUUCGAUAG